AUGGUUCCUGCACCAAUUGAUUCCAGCAUUAAAGAUGUUGCCCCGCCCAUCAAGGACACCCUCGCCCUCCCAGACGCUGCUAAGCAACGUCUUGAGAAAUCAGGCGUGGACCUUUCUAAAGGAUACCCCUACCGUCCAUCUCGCCCAUUAUACCUAGACGAUGUGUACAAAAUUCGCGACCAGCCUCGCGAUCACGUGGAUGCAGGUGCGCGGGCUGACAAGUCGAAGAAGAGUCUUUUGUCUGCUGCAACAAAAGUCACUGAUCUUACGGCGUACAUCGGAACAGAAAUUGAGGGCUUGCAGUUGAAGGACCUUACUAAUCAACAACGCGAUGAACUUGCUCUCUUGAUUGCGGAGAGAAGUGUUGUUUUCCUUAGAGACCAGGAUCUUUCGCCACAGCAGCAGAAGGAACUCGGCGAGUGGUAUGGAGAAGUUGAAGUUCAUGUGCCUCAGGUCCCAGGUCUCCCAGGUGUGAGUGUCCUCUGGCCCGAUCUGCAAGCGACAGAGCGUCCCGCCACCUUCCGCCAGCCGGGAGGAGCGUCUCGUUGGCACACAGACUUGGUGCACGAGAGACAGCCCGCAGGUAUCACACAUCUUCACAACGAUACUGUUCCCUCCGUUGGGGGCGAUACACUCUGGGCCUCUGGCUACGCAGCAUAUGAAAAGCUCUCACCAGGGUUUCGAAAGAUCAUUGAUGGUCGCUCGGCUGUUUAUAAGUCUGCGCACCCAUACCUUGACCGCGACCAUCCUGAACAGGGUCCCAAGUAUGUCGAGAGGGUUCAUCCUUUAGUCAGGGUCCACCCUGCGACAGGCUGGAAAGCGCUCUGGGUAAACCGUGCAAUGACCGACAGAAUCGUCGGUCUUGACAAGGCAGAGAGUGAUGUUAUACUUAACUACCUGUAUGAUGUCUAUGAGACAAAUGUUGACAUACAGGUACGCUUCAAGUGGACACCCAGAACCUCGGCGCUUUGGGAUAAUCGCAUUACUAUCCACAACGCUAGUUGGGACUACAGUGGAAGAGAGCCACGACAUGGCACGCGGGUUACCUCACUGGCCGAGAAGCCCUAUUUCGAUGCAUCAGCACCGUCACGAAGAGAGGCACUGGGUCUAUUGGGAGAGAGUGAGAAGAAGGAACUCGAUGCGUUGGAAUAA